AUGUCAACCAACCGGUCUCCAGCUGGCGUCGUUUCCCCCCCUCCCCUCAGUCAGGACCGUGGAUACGGCCCUUCAAACCAUUUUCCUCAGCAGCAGCACGGCAUGGAACAGGGCUAUCCCACGGCUGCAGCAGAUGCCGAGACCCUCUCCAAUACCAUUGCAAACUCCCACGUCGAACACGACAACCACCUUGACGGUCCCGUAGCCCCGCGUCCGACCAAGUUCACCGAAGAGUGGGAUGUUAGCCAGCGAGGAAGCUCCAUUAUUGACGGCCAGAGAUAUAGCAAGACCAGUAAUCACGUCAACAACAGCGCGAUGCAGCGGUCCAGUUCCUACGCCGGCUCCGUCGCAGGCAUCACCAACGAUGGAGCGACAUCUCUGUCUCGUGGCAACACCCUGAAGAAGAAGGCCUCCAUACGGAGGAGCGGCAGUCUGAAGCGAAGUAACAGCCGGCGGAGCAUGAAGGCAGGCAGUGUGAGGAGUCUUGCCCUUCAGCCAACGACAGACCAGGAUGAACUUCACAGCGCUUUCUACUGCCCAGUGCCCACAUCGGGUAGUCCGACUGAGGUUCUUGCGAACCGCUUUCAAGCCUGGCGCAAGAUUCUCAAGGACUUGAUUACAUACUUUCGCGAAAUCCAAGCACACUAUGAACACCGAGCCAAGUCGCUAAUCAAACUGGGCAAUGUGCUGAACAAUAUCACGACGCCUCCGGGCUUCAUCGCGUCCGGUGGUCUCGAUGACGCAUUGCAGAUUUUGCGAGGGCACAACAAACAAGCCAUUAUGGAGGCUAACAAGGCGAGAGAGAUUGAGGAGGAUGUCAUCUUGGCACUGACCGGUCUGCGUAGCGACUUGCAUCAGAAGAUCAAAGAGAUCAAGAACCUAUCAGGCGACUUCAAGAACUCGGUGGAUAAAGAGAUGGAGGCGACUCGCAAGGCUGUAAAUCACCUACAGGACGUCUUGGGCCAAACCGAGCUCGACACGGCCUUGACAACUGGAAAGCAAGAUCCUUAUUUAUUACGACUUAACGUUGACCGGCAGUUGGAGAAACAGAUAGAUGAGGAAAACUACCUGCAUCAGGCAUACCUAAACCUGGAGAACUCGGGGAAAGAACUCGAGUCGAUUGUCGUCGGCGAGAUCCAAAAGUCAUACAACGCCUAUGCCAGCAUACUCAAGCGGGAAGCAGACUCUGCCUAUGGGACCAUCGAAGAGCUUCGGCUUGGCCCCAUCACCCUGGCCAAGGACGCAGAAUGGCUAUCUUUUGUUCACAGAGAUGAACGCUUUGUUGACCCCGACCUUCCCAUGCGGUCAGCUGAGUUCAUACAUUACCCAGGACGGGAUCACUAUGCUUGCCAAGAGAUUCGAGCGGGCUUGUUGGAACGGAAGAGCAAGUACUUGAAGAGCUACACAGCCGGAUGGUACGUUCUUUCACCCACGCAUCUGCACGAGUUCAAAUCUGCGGACAAGACACAAGCACCCGUCAUGUCCCUCUACCUGCCGGAACAGAAAUUGGGAUCGCACUCCACAGAAGGCGGAUCCUCGAAUAAGUUCGUUCUCAAGGGCCGCCAGACAGGAUCGAUGCAUCGUGGCCACACAUGGGUAUUCCGCGCGGAGAGCCAUGAUACGAUGAUGGCCUGGUACGAGGACAUCAAAACUUUGACCGAGAGGACUCCGGAAGAGCGAAGCAAUCUCGUGCGUGGCAACAGUCGAAGCAUUAGCAGAUCAUCUCAACGGUCGUCUCUUAGCAGCGACGGGGUCGACGAUGACGAAGACCCCCCCUUCAUGGCAACUGCCACAUCCGUCAAUCAGCAGCCGAGACCAGACUCCCUGCCUCGACGUCCUUCAGGUGGGCGAUUCCCAUCUGACCUCCAAGUAAACGCACAACGAGGCUUACAGGUCCCCCUCUCGCCACUUAGCAUAAGCUCCGAACCAAACAGAUACGACGAGAACGAUCGCGAUGUCAUUGUUGCAGCCAAUACCAUCCCCGGAAGUGAGCUAGGACCGCAAUAUCAUACCCAUCAGCAUUUCGAUACGUCAUCGACAACUCGACGGAACGAGGACCUGCGCUCGCCGCCCAUCCCCCAGACCGGGACAACAACAGGCGCCUACGAGGAACCAAACGGACGUGUCGUUGGGUCUGCAAAUAACCAAGUCUACACCAAUGGAGGAUCGGAUUCUUAUCAGAAAGAUGGCAUGGUGUGGGCAGAACCAGUUCCUAUCUCGCCUUCCACGCUCAGAGAUCAGGCUCAAACAUUGUCCUCACGAGCCGAUGCAGAUGAUCGACUCUAUGCCACACAGAACAUCUCGGUGACAGACGGCCAAGAUGGCUACAAGUCGGAGCCUCGAGGGAACUGGUAUGGGCAGGCCAAUGGGGGUAUAGCCCAAAACGACCCGCAAGUACGACCAGGCGCCGAGCGAACAGACAGUGCCCCAACCAUCUCACAUCUACAUAUACCUGGGGAGUAUCCCAAGAGUUCGACCAGCGGCUUUUGA